AGUAUCACAUACCAGCUGGUUUUUUUCAGUUGUUUUUCAGGCUGGAGAGGUGAACAGAACCUUAAGAUAAUGAUUGUGGUCAAGUUUCGAGUGGUUGUGGUGGUCUUUUUUCUAAGCUUCUUCUGGACUUUUGCCAAUUGUGAUGCAGUUGUCUCCUGUGAUUUGAAGGAAAACUGCAUCUUACCAUGUCAGUUUCCGCCUGGUCCUGAAGAGGUCAUCCACUGGAUGACAGAAAACAUUGCUGUCCACUCGUUUUACUACAACAAAGAUCAACUUGGAAGCCAGAACCAGCGCUUCAAAGGCAGGACGUCAAUCUUUAAGGACCAGAUCUCCAGUGGAAAUGCUUCACUACUGCUGAAAAAUGUGAAUUCUCAGGAUGGGGGCAGAUACAAGUGCUACACCAGCACCACCAGAGGAAACCAAGAGUUGUUCAUCCAGCUGACUGUGGACGUUCCAGUCCAAAAUGUUUACAUUGAGCAGUCAGGAGAAAGCGUCAUCUGCAGGUCAGAGGGGAUCUCCCCUGAACCUACGCUCACCUGGUUUACAGAUCCUGAAUCUUCUUCCUCCACUGAGUCAAAACCCCGUGUCCAGCAGAACGGACAACUUUACAGCAUCAGUAGUUCUCUGACACGCUCAGAAAUUGAUGCUGGUUUAAAUUAUAUCUGCACUGUCAGCACAAGAAAAAGCAGAAGAACAGCAACUUUAUUUAAACUGACUAAUGUCACUGGUUCUGAGUCUGAAACAACAAUCCAGUGCUCUGACUCAAAAAGUCCUGUAACUCGUUUCAACUGGAGAUUCGACCACAGUCAGAUCAUCGUGACUGAGAGUGAAGCUGGGGGAUCUUACACAGUUUCAGAGGAGUGGAGGCCGUAUGUGAAGAGUGUUUCAGAGACAGGAAGCCUCACACUGCAGAACUUAUCUACAGAUAAGAAAGGAAUAUACACGUGUGAACUCAUUAAUGUUGAUGAGACACUAAUAAAAAACACCUUUCUUCAGAUUACAGAAGAGAACUCACGUAGUAAUGCUGUGAUCAUAGGCGUGGUGGUGGUUGGAGUAGUUGCAGUCAUUGCUGUCAUAGUGCUGUCGCUUGUCUGCAAAAAAAAAAAGACAGGACAAACAAAAAUAAGACGAAAAAAGAUGAACAAAACAAACCUGGUGAAAACAAGAGUUUAAUGCCUGCAAAUCUCUAAUGGAGCCACUAAUGAGAAACUAAAGAUGAUGAUGGACAGAGGCCGGACAGUGAAGUGAAGUUUUUUUCAUAAAAAUAAAAAGUAUUCAGACUGAAUGCUUUCAGUCACAGUUUUAAAGACUUAACCAAAGGUUGCUGUAUCUACACUGUUUAAUGAAGGAGAAAGACACAUUGCACUUUGACAAAAAGGGUGCCGCAAGACAUAAUUCUACAGUACAAAAUGCUCUGGGGUACUUUCUCAUUCUUUUUACUAAUUCUUGUUAAUGGAAUAUUUUUGUGCCCAUAUAGGCACGUCGACAAGAUGAAAAUAAUAUGGAACAAAAAAAGAAUCAACUACGUCCUCUUAUUAAACUCUUGAUGCUAAGCUGUCUGGGGUGAACAGAAAUUACAGUUUUCUCCUGGAGUGUCCAUCCAUCCGGCUACUUAUUCCAGCAACUACAGGGCAAGAAGCAGGGACAGAUCACCAAUCUAAUGUAGGGCUAACACAGAGAGACAAACUACUAUUCACACUGGGAUUCAUACCUAUACACAAUUUAGAAUCAGCAGUUAACCUAACCCCACUAACUGCAUUCCUUUGGACUGUUGGAGGAAGCUGGAGUACCCAGAGAGAACCCUUUAUAACACAGGGAGAACAUCCAAAGAACCCUUUCACAUCUUAUUCAGUUGAGGCAAAACUGCUAACCAUUGCACAACCAUGCUGUCCUCUCCUGGAGUGAAUAAAACAAAAUUUUAUGCUGUAAAAUUGGAGAUGAAGAACCAAUUUUGAGAUUACAGAAUUACUCGUUUGGCUUUGAGAAAGCAAUGUGAGAAACAUACUUUGCCGCACCUGCUGUUACUCUUUAUUUGUAUUUGCUGAUUACUGUUGACAUGUAUUUGAUAUAUGGAUGUAAAUGGAGAUUUUAAGAGUUAAAUGAAGUUCAGUCUUUAUAUGAGACAUAAUCUGACUGGAGUCUGAUUAAUGUUGUACAUAUUACAGAGAUAUAAUGUUGCAGUGAAAGCUCCUCCUUCUGGAGCUACAGCUAUGAGUAUGAAAAAACUACUACUGCAAUCAGCGAGUUUGGUUUGCAGAUCUAGAAGUUCGGUGAACAGAUGAAUAAUGAAGCCGGAAAAAAAACCCUCAGGGAGAAAUACUUUAUAUUAUAUAUAUAAAAUGAAUAAUGACAAGUUGAUCAGUCAGUUUCAUAGUCACUUCCAUUCUUUGCUUGUUAGAUUUGGAUUCAAAACACUAAGACUGCAACAGCUCAAUGUCAUGGAAGCAUCCAUGUUUCAGAUAUACAGUCUGUGGUGAAAAGUUCACUCUGAAAACAGUAUGAUAAGUAAAAAACAAACAAAACAACAACAGCUGUCACAUGAUUGAAUACAACACAAAACCAAACACUAAAUGAAAAUCCUUUCAGAUCUUCAUUCUUCUUCUCUUUUUACAAAUAUGCCUGAAACACAACAAGAACAACUUUCUGUUAAGUUGACAAGUUUUUUUUGAAAAUAUCUUAUUUAUGACUGUAAAAGUAAAUAAUAAGAUAUUUUCUCUUCCUUCUCUUGCUGCACCCUUAAGAUUACUAAUUAAAUUACUUAUUUAAUUAGAUUACUAAUUAAACAAUGAAUUACAAGCACAACUACUGUUUAAAUGUAAAUAGUAUUAGCUUUGGUUUUUGUGUUUUUUAAAUUUUAAUAACUUCAGAGAGAAUUAUUCAUUACAUUUUGCAAAAAAAAAUUCUCUCUGGUCUGUGAGAUAUGUGAUAAUAUAUUAUGUGAUAAUUAUUAAAAUAUUUUUGGAAACCCUUGUUGUUUUAUUUGUUUCUAUAUGUGCAUUUAAGGUUUUAUUCAUAAAGUGUUUAAAGGUACUCUGAGAGUACCUGAAGACAAAUUGUUGUCUGUCUUUUCCAAAAUCACUGGAUUCUGAGAGCUCAUUCUGACCCACAUAUUAAAAUUAGGGUAAAUUCACUUAUCUCAUCUUGAGAUUUAACUACAACCAGAUUAAUAUGACACAGAGCUAAGGGAGCUUACACAGCUUCAGAUGAAUGGGGGCAAUGGUGAAAGAUGUUCCAGAGAGCUUCAUACUGUAGAGCUUAUCUUCAGAUCAGUAAGAAAUAUUUGCAUGUGGACUCACAAAUGCUGACAAGACAUUUAAAACAAACACCUUUCUUGAAGUUAUGGAAGGUAGUAUUAAAUCAUUUUUUUUAAAAAACAACAUGGAUGUUCCACUAUACAUUUAAGGG